AUGCGCUGCAGCGAGACGUACUUGGCCGCAUUAAGGCAGGAGACUGACCAUGGGUGGAGCCGAGACAUCGAGGUGCUGGUGUUCCUGUACUGGCUGGCACACGCAGCAUCCUACCGCGUGGUCUCCCGGGCCUUUGCGAUCCCCAGGUCAUCUGUGCACGACAUUGUGCACAGAGUGAGCAAAGAUGUCAGUGAGAUCAUCAAAAGGGUCAUCACUCUGCCAACUGGUGAUGAUCUGGAGGUGAUAGGAGCAGGGUUUGCUCACUUGGCCGGAUCUCCAGCCUUCACAGUGGCAGUGGGUGCCAUUGACGGGUGCCACAUCCGCAUAAAACCCCCAUCAGCCAACGCACAGUGCUACCUCAACAGGAAGCUUUUCCACUCCGUCCAGCUGCAAGCCAUCUGUGACCACCAGGGAAAAUGCAUCCUUGGGGAUGGGGGUUAUCCGUGCAUCAGCACGCCCAUCAAGCUCCUGACCCCGUAUCGAGAGCCUGUACAGAACCCUGUACAGGCUCGCUUUAACCGCAAGCUCUCUCGGGCCCGGUGCGUCAUUGAAAGAGCAUUUGGGAUGCUGAAGACACGCUGGCGCUCCAUUUUCUUCAAGGCCCUUGAGGUGAGCCCUGUCUUCGCCCCAGAGGUCGUGGCAUGUUGCGCAGUGCUCCACAACCUGUGCAUUGCUCAUGGUGACAUCAUUGAGCCAGAUGUUCCAGAGGAGGAGGAUGCUCAUGCCCCAGAGCCUGCACAAACAGAGGAAAGAUCAGGAAACGAGGCACGGGAGAACCUGGCUGCAGCUGUCUCUGCACCCCAGAUGGCCGUACCAGCUCUUCUUGAGCAUGAUUAUCUUUAG